AGAAUUUGGCGAUCGCGAACGGACAACAGGCAAGAAGGACUGAAAGACCCAGUUCCUCGUCGGCACAUCCAUCCCUCCACGUCACUCCUUCAGCCUCCGCCCUGUACAUAAUCAAUUGGAGCUGUACCUCUCGCCUUAGGCAUCACGAUAACUCUGCGUUCGUCCGCGCGAGCGACCGACCAACCGACAAUUUUCUGAAGAACGAUCUCGCUCGAACCCGAUCGCAACGACCAAUUCGCGACACCCCUCCAUCCAUCUGUCGCCAACCUUCCCAACCCACACUCUACUACUCCCUCGCGAUCAGACACUCACUCCGUCCCCCUCCACAUCCACAUCCAACACAUCCAACACAUCCAACAUGUCCUCCGCAAACACAAAAUACGGCGAACGCCUCCUAAAAUCCCAAGGCUGGCGGGGCAAAGGCUACUCCCUGCACCCGACCGACAACUCCAUCGGGCUGUCCAACCCUUUGCGUAUAUCGCGCAACACCGACGGCCGCGGCAUCGGCCAAUCGACGCACUACACGUCGGACCAAUGGUGGCUGGCGGCCUUUGACGAGAAGCUGAAGGGGCUGGACACGUCGAAAGAUGGAAAAGUGGUGCAGACGACUACGCAGUCGAAGCUGGAUGCCGUUACGGCGAAUAUUGGUGGGGGGAAGUAUACGGGGGCGGGAGGACUUUAUGCGAGUUUUGUUAGGGGGGAGGGACUUGCUGGGACGGUUGAACGGUCAGAAGAAAGUGGGAGGAGUACGCCGACUACUGAUAGGGAGUAUGUGGCUGGACUUAAAGGUGGGGUGAAGAAGAAGCAGAGGGAUAGUAGUAGUAAAAAGAAGGAGGAGAAGAAGGAGGAAAAGAAGAGGAGGAAGGCGAUGGAGAAACUGAAAAAGAAAGAGGAGAAGAAGAAGGCAAAAAAGGCGGCGAAGAAGGAGGAGAAGAAGAAGAGGAGGAGUGAAGGAGAGACGAAGGAGGAGAGGAAAGCGAGGAAGAAGGAGAGGAGGGCGAAGAAGGAGGAGAAGAGGAGGAGGAGGGCGGAGAAGGAGAAGGAGAAGAAGGGUUGAAGAUGGGGUGGUUGAUGGAGAGUUUGAAAAGUUGUCAGAAUGAAGAUACCCCUGUUGAGAGAAAGGAAACCAUACUACCCUUUCCGGUACACCAGUCUGCCCUUGACGAGUUGUGUGCGGCCGGAGCUGUGAUAUAUCGGAAAGGAUGAUGUAUGGUGCGAGUCACUCCGUCUCCGGUUUUCUAUCCUAGUCUCUGAUGGAAGAGGACAGAUCUGGCCGAUUCGCGAGAGGAGCGGAAUUGAUAGUGAGGAAUGAUGAAAAUACCAUCAUCACUUUGGAGUAUUUGUACUUGAGACUUGGAAGUGUUUGGAUGAGUGACUGGACGACGACUCUCAGGCAAAUUGAAGACGCGCAAGAUAUAUACAGGAGGUGAGGAGUGUGAAAUGGGUGCGCGGCUCGACUUCCGCCCCAAGGUCGUCUCUUCUACUUCGGCAUUUAUGUACCUGUUGUCGAAA